CAAAAAAGAAGCAUGCUGUUCCAGAUCUGGGGGCAGUCGGAAUCGGAAGUGGAUUGAAGGAAGAUUAGACAGCUGGCUGCAGUAUAAAGCGCCGCCGAGACCUUGAUCGUGCGACUUCUUUCCUUUUCCGCUGUUUCGAAUUGUUGCUACUCACGCACGCACUUGACCGCCAGCAAUGUCCACUCGGCAUAGGGAAUCACACAGGGAUUCGCAUAGGGAGCCGCGCGAGCCCGCUCACCACCACCUCUCCUCCCAUCCCUCCCACAACUCACACCCCCCUCCCCUACCCCACUCCUCACACUCCCAGUCCCAUGUUCCCCACCACCCGCACCCCAACGGCUCGUCUUCUUCCCACAUCUCAGCCAUUGUGUCGCCCAUCCAGGGCGGCCCUCCGCCCCCUCUGACGAAUGGGAGCGCCAAUGGCGUCUCCAACGGAGUUUCUGCUACUGCAGGCCCCGGCCCGUCGUCCGCGAUACACAAGCUCGCGGCAGCAAACGAGCAGACGUGGUUGUUGAUUGGUGAGCUGUUAAUACUACCGCAGCCGGUUCCUGGCUCACCCUCGCAUGGAUAGGUCGGGUAGCCGAACAGAUGAACGAUUUGGAUCAUGCAUUGUCGGCGUACGAAAAUGCGCUGCGACACAACCCCUUGAGUCUCGCUGGGUUGACGCAAGUAGCGGGCAUCGCGCGGAGUAAGGAGAACUACCCUAAGGCGAUCGACUACUUCCAGCGUGUACUGCAGUUGCAGGAAGACAACGGGGAGGUUUGGAGUGCCUUGGGACAUUGUUACCUCAUGCAAGACGACCUUCCGAAAGCAUACUCGGCAUACCAGCAGGCCCUAUAUCUGCUUCCGAAUCCCAAGGAGGACCCGAAGCUGUGGUACGGCAUCGGCAUCCUGUAUGACCGGUAUGGCUCGCUGGAUCAUGCCGAGGAGGCGUUCUCGUCGGUCCUGCGCAUGGACAAAGACUUAGACUUUGACAAGGCGAACGAGAUACUGUUCCGUCUGGGAAUUAUCUACAAGCAGCAGAGCAAGUUCGACGAUUCCUUGCAGUGUUUCGACCGGAUUCUGCGGAAUCCGCCGAGUCCGCUGGCGCAUGCGGAUAUUUGGUUCCAGAUUGGUCAUGUGUAUGAACAACAGAAAGACCACGCGAGCGCAAGAGAUGCUUAUGAACGGGUUGUUACUGACAAUCCGACACACGCCAAAGUUCUGCAGCAGCUGGGAUGGCUGUAUCACCAAGACGGAUCCACGUUCCAGAACCAGGACUUGGCAAUACAGUACCUGACGAAGAGUUUGGAGGCCGAUCCUUCCGAUGCGCAAUCUUGGUACCUGCUUGGCCGGGCCUAUAUGGCUGGCCAAAAGUAUAACAAAGCCUAUGAGGCGUACCAGCAAGCCGUGUACCGAGAUGGGCGCAACCCGACAUUCUGGUGUUCCAUCGGCGUGCUAUACUUCCAGAUCAAUCAGUACCGCGACGCCUUGGACGCUUAUUCUCGUGCGAUCAGGAUCAAUCCGUAUAUCUCGGAGGUGUGGUUUGACUUGGGAUCGUUGUAUGAGAGCUGUAACAACCAAAUCUCGGACGCGAUCGAUGCGUAUGCGCGGGCGAGCGAGCUGGAUCCGGGCAACAAGGUGAUCGAAGGCCGGCUGGCAUUGCUGAAGACUGCACAAGCGAACGGUGGCGCGAGCAGUCUCGGUGCGGCGCCUGGGCCACAGGAUGUACAUCCGACGGCCUACGCGAGUGCGGUUGUUCCCCCGACGACCCUGAAUCUCAAUCUUCCGCUCGGGCGACCAUCGAGCAUCAACAACGAGAUCUCGCUUCCACCGCCGACACAGCGCGGCGGGUCGCCUACCGCCGGGCCGUUCCGAGGCGGGCCUCCUCCACCCCUGAUUCUGGAUGACAGUCGCCAUCAGCCUGUGCCGGGCCAGACGGUACUGGCGCCUAUGGAUGUUGACCGCCCUGUCGAUCGACGGGAGAGGGGUUUGGGGCAUCAGAGUCUGCUGUUGCACCAUCCUGUUCCGGCUGCAGCCGAGGAGCGGCAUUUCGCUCGCCACCGCGCGGUCUCUGCCUCAAUGUCGCCCCCUCCCCAUCCAGCACUCCUUUCUUCUCGGCGUGCUACUUCACCUGGUUUCCCCAGGGAACCACGCGAGAGGGAGCCGCGCGAGAGAGAGCCGCGCGAGCGCCGGCCAUCACCGCGCGCUGAAGAUUGGGAGAGACGCGGAGAGGAUAGACGCGGCGAUUGGGAGCGCGAGAGAAGGUACCGAGAGCCGUAUGCUGUGCGGGAGAACCCGGCCAGUCCCCGCUAUGCCGUGAAGCAGCGGUACGACCCGCGCUGGGACGCCCAGCCACCGCCACCCUCGUCCUCGGCAUCGUCGGCAACGACGACAGCGACGACGACGACGCCCACGCCGACCAAUAGCACGUUCUACGACGAUGACAAGAGGAGGCGAGGCAUGAAGGAGGAGCCGCUGCCUGCUGUUGUUCCUCCACCAGAACCGAAGCGGAAGCGCAGCAGCCACAUACAGACGCAGCACAAAAACAUUCCAACUCACAGCCCAGCCGGCUCAUCAUCUGGGCGCUCGUCUGUUGGCGGACCUCCAAGACGAGUCGUCGACGACGACUACGACGAACCGGGCGUUGCCGAUGCGUUGAUGGGUCUGGCUAAUCUGAAGCGUCCGCUGAGCCCGGCGCCUGCUGACGAUGUGAGCAAGCGCAGCCGCAUCGAGUCCACUUCCUCGUCGUCCUCGUCCGCAUCCCAGCACAGACAGACGCCCGUUCCGUCUACUCGUCCGUCGCCCAUCCCGUUCCGCACGCAGGGCAUGUCUGUGUCGCGAUCUCCGCCAGAAAACACCCAAAACCACGCACCGGCGAGCCCGCCGCUUCCAGCUGUGUUCCCGCCGCACCCGAGGCCUGUGGGCAACAACGGGAUGGGAUUGAACCUUCCGCCUAUCACGACUCUGAGUCCAGAGCCCACGGGUGACGAGAAGAUGCAGGUCGAUUCGAGGAGUGUUAGUCCGCCGACUACCACCACGGCUGCGAUGCAGGACUAGUGUGAUUUUUUUGGACUGUGUGUCGUAUAUUAUUCCAGUACUUACUUACGACUCGAUACGAUUGCCACGCAAAGCCCACAGUGUACAAUAUAUUCAUAGUAUUUUUAUCACAUGACGAGACAAGGUCACUGUGACACAACGCGUGUGGAAAGCCUCUUGCGCCUUGUGCUCGUUCUAUCACUGACUGCUCCCACGAUCGUUCUCUCUUUUUCUGCGAUUUCAGCCCGCUCAGUUGUACAUAUACCCGACCCUGCAUCGACUCAAGUAAACAACGCAUCCGUCCCCGCCCUGGACGACCCAUUCCAUUCCACGCCUCUCCCACUCGCGUUACGACAUCCUUCCGGUUUUGUUAUACCCAAAAUCCAGAUCAGUAUGACCACGUCCGCUGUCUCGACGCCGAAGCGCUCCGUGUCGGGCUCCGCAUCCCUUUCAGUCGUGGGUAAAGGCACGCCCCGCUCCGUUUCCGCGCAGAGGACGCCCCGGCGGGUCACCAGUGCGCCGCUGCCUGCACACACCACGCCGCCGUCCUUCGCGCUUCAAGAGGCACUCGAGGAGGGGGACGAACGGGACGCGUUUGGUUCGAACGGCGCUGCGCUCGUGAUGACAGGCGGCACGAGUGAUGUGUUUUGGGACGACGAUGGGCGGACGAGCGUCGGUGGCGAGGAGGGCGAGGUCGACGAGGAGUUCGACGAAGCGCUCGCGGGCCUUCGCACCCUUCACACCCGUAAAUGCAUGCACUUCAAAAGACUGCUCGAGCGCGCGCACGCGUCAUCCGCGGCGCAGCUACACGCCCUGCAGGCCGAGAUCCAGAUGCUUCGCGCACGGCCUGUAGGAACCGCUACCGACACGGGCGAUGGGGCGAUGGAGUGCAUAUGCAGACGCAAGGGGGGGUACUGGGAUGGCUACCUCCCGCCUGACGUGGACCGGCUCGACUCGUCGCUCUCUUCGGACCCCUCCAUCAGCGCGCUCCAGUCGCAGAUCCACAGGAUGUCCCGCGCGUCGCGCUCGCGGCUGAUGCGGACGCUCCUGGACGUGUCCCUCCCCGGCGACAUCCCGCUGCAGAUCCUCAUGCUGCAGAAGUACCAGACGAAGGCGCGUGAUAUCGUCGGCGCGCUCGCCCCGCCGCUCGCCCUGCGCGUGCUACUGCACGUGCCCGUGCCGCACCUCCUGCGUGUGUGCGCCGUGGUGAACCGCCGUUGGGCGAACCUGACGCGCCUGCCGGCACUGUGGCGCGCGCACUGCCUUGCGAUCACGCGCGGCGAUCCAGCGCCGCCGACGCCCCCCGCGGAUCCAAGCGGGUGGCUGCCGCUGUACCGGGCCCUGGCGCGGCGGGAAGGCAACUGGCGCUCAGGUACACCACAGGGGAUGAAGUUCUUGAACGGCCACACGACGUUCGUGACGGUGUUGAUACUCCGGGGGACGCGGCUGAUUAGUGGGAGCUACGAUGGGACCAUCCGGUUCUGGGAUCUGGCGAAAAGUAAGGGGGAGAUGGUGCGGUGCCUGGAGGUCGGGAAGCCGGUCAGCUGUGUGGAUUAUCUCGCUGGGGAGGAGGUAUUUGUCGUUGGAUUCCACGACGUUGGGCGCGUGCACUUAUUUUCUGCGAUUACGUACACGCCUCUACAACAACUCGCAGGCCAUCUUAAUGGCAUUCGUGCGGUGGCCAUGAGCUCGAAGAACUUGGUUAGUGCCGGAGCCGACAAGGCACUGGUGUGUUGGGACUGGCGAGCAGGGAGCAAAAUUGUGCGGUUUGGACAACAAACGACGAUCAAUGUGGGUGUACAGAUCGUUCAAGGCGCCGAUCGCUCCGAGGGCGAACGAGUGGUGAGCGUUACGAUCGAUGGGGUAGUACGCGUGUUCUCCAUACAUCGCCGGGAGAUGAUCUCCCAAUUCCGACUUGCAGAGCUCGGCGGCGGAGAUCCGGUGCUCAUGUCGAAGCUUUUCCAUGUUGGCAGGGCACCGGACAACAUGUUGCAGUGGUUUGCUGCCAAGGGGAGCAAGAUGACUUGCGCCACUAAAUCGGUGAUUCUCCAUCUCCAAUGGCAAGAAGGCGAGGGUGAAGAUGUUCCCGAAUCUGCUCCUCCGGCUCAGAGCAUCGAGAAGGAAGCCGAGAAGCCUCCGAUGGCAAGAAGCCGGACCAUUUCAGCGCGCAGCAGCGUUUCGGGGAAAUCACCCAAGGGACAGUCUCCACGGCCGAUCAAUUCGAUCGCCUCUCCGACUACGAAGCGGCCGUCGCUGUUACCUCAAACCCCGAGUCAACGCAAGCGACUGAGCACGCUGGCCAGUCCGGGCGCAGUCGACUUCUCGAUCAACGAGCUGUCGACCGGGAGCGUGCGAUCGUCGUCCAUGUCUACCUCAGUCUCGGGUCGAGGCCCGCGGGCGACGCCAACGCCGUCAGCAGCGCGGCCGGGUGUACCUCAGCGGCGAGGUUCGCUGAUCCCGCCACCUGCGGAGAGAAGGCUAAGUGCGAGUGUGAGCACGAUGAGCACCGGCGGCCGAUCCAGCACAGGCGGUGUGCCUAAGCUGAGCCUCAGUAUGACCGCGGCUACGAAGAACGGCGCCAACCGGCUUAGUCUGGCCGCGACGCCCACGUCCGCCACCGGGAGCGGAAUCUCGACGCGGACGGGGACGCCGGUUUCUGCCUCGGGCCGGUCUGUGUCGUCUGCGACUACGAACACGCCGACUGCGCUCGACCCGGUAUUCUUUCCUGUGCGAUUCGGGCGGGCCGCGAUCUUGACUGCGCCGCCAAAGAUCGUGGGGAUCGUCGAGACGCCGACGGAUGUUGCCGUCGGUGCAGUGGAUCCGCGGAAGCGGAGAGUCGUCACUGCGACGCGGUUCAGCUCGCGAGUCGGUGCUGUUCGCAAGAUCUUUGUGACGACGCAUGAGGAGACGAAGGAACCCACGACGGACGUGGAGAUCGAUCUGGCUGCGACGCCCUUGAGCGGGAUCUGGGGCGCGCUGGCUGUGCCGCCGUAUUCUGACUCGCGGGGGCUAAAGGGACAACUGCCCAAUAAGUUUGCGGGCAUGGCCACGCCGGAGAAGAAUCCCAUGGCGAUGGCGAUGUCGCAUGAGGAGGUCGUCGUUGGCUGCGCGGACGGGUGCAUCUAUGUGAUGAAUUUCUCGGGGUACGAUUAUGACAAGGACGAGGUGCUCGAGGACGGGGCUCCGGGAACCCCGCAGCCGGUGUUGAAGGGGAAUCCCGAUGCGGGGUUCGACGAGGAUAUACUGGCUGGGAGGGUGCAAUGAACAUGUAUUUAGCUCGGAUAUCGUAUCGUAUCGUAUAUUUAGUAAACAUGAACUUGGCGUUGGCGCGCUCUUUCUUUCUCUCGUGGUAUUCAUGAUUGAUCUCUGGGUAAUGUUGACUCGUCUGUCAUGUAGAAUCCUUACGACGGAAUGGCCUGUUGGCUCAGACAACCUAUAUAUUGAGCGAGAUCCUUCUCCCC